CCCUCUCAUGUCUCUUCAGAUCAGAUUCACCAUUCCUCAUUCAGACAUACCGCACCCUGUUUUCCGGUACCUACCCACCGCCAGUCGUUGCUUGAUCCUCAUGCUUCUGCUGUUUUGUGAUGAUAUUUGCCCGAGGGUCGCUCUUCGCUUCCCUCGCGAGCUCCCAAAUCUUCUUCUUGAGACUGAUGACAUAUGCCCCCCUCACAUACUUUCUAGCAUACUCUCCUGCCAACCGUUCGCCAUGUCUCGAUAGAUGACAUCGUCCAUCUUGGGAAACAAAAACAUCCAAGCGCUAGUUGCUCGAUACACUUAAUAUCUAUCUGUCCUGCCCGAGAACCUUACUUCUUACUCUUUCGCGCCUCAAUACCUGGCACAUCGCAUUCUGACUUGUCCUGAACACUUUUCCACAUCUUACACAGCAUAUUCGACUGAAAAUGUCUCCUAAAGCGCGCGUCCUCAUCUACGUGCUUCGUCGCGACCUUCGACUCGCUGAUAAUCCAGUCUUCCACGAGGUCUCACGACUAUUCCAACAAUCGCAGCACCCUUUCACACACUUCCUACCCGUCUACACAUUUCCAGCAAACCAGGUCGAGGUUUCCGGAUUCAUCUCAGAUUCUACAAAGAAGUCACCAUACCCAGAAGCUAGAGCUCCCGUCAGCGGUUUCUGGCGAUGCGGUAAGCUCAGGGCCAAGUUCCUGGCAGAGAGUGUAUGGGACUUGAAGAAGGACCUAGAAAGAGUCGGCAGCGAUCUUCAAGUACGCGUUGGUACCGUUCACGAUGCGGUACGCAGCAUACUCGACAGCUACAAGGAACACAAUGAGGUGGAUAUUGCAGGUGUCUGGAUGACCAACGAGGAGGGUGUCGAAGAGAAGAGGGAAGAGAAGGAUGUCAGAAAGCUGUGCAAACAGUUCGAUGCCGAAUUCAAGCUUUGGGUCGACGAGAAGUAUUUUGUGGACGACCGCGAUGUACCGUUCAAGAACCCUGGCGAGUUGAACGACGUCUUUACGGCAUACAGAAAGACGGUAGAACCUCUGCGAUCCGCACCUCGCAAGACCCUUCCAGCACCAUCGACAUUACCGCCCCUCCCAUCCCAUAUCCCCGCGCAAGCCGAGCCUUUCGAGAUCCCAGAUUCUCUGGAGGGUGUCAUGUCAGCAUUGACCAAGCCCCUCGGAGACGACUAUGGUCUUCCAGACGUAGCAAAAUGGCCCAAGGGCGCAGAAUCCGCUCAUCCAUACAUUGGUGGUUCAAAAUCAGGUCACGAGCGUAUCGACCAUCUCAUCGAAAGUGGAAGCAUGACCGCAUACAAGGACACAAGAAAUGGACUGCUUGGUCAAGAUUUCAGCACUAAACUAUCCGCAUGGCUGGCUCUCGGCUGCACCACAGCACGCCAAAUACACUGGAAGCUGGUUGAUUUCGAGGACGGCAAGACAGAUCUUGGCAAGAGCACUCCUGGCUAUGGCAAGGGCGAGAACAAGGGCACAGCCGCUGUACGAUUUGAGUUGCUAUGGCGUGAUUACAUGCGCCUCUGCACACGCAAAUUUGGCCCUCGCCUGUUCCACGUUGAAGGUUUCCGUAAUGACCAAAACGCAAACUGGAAGUACAUCUCAAGCCCCUUCAGCGACUCGACCUCCAAGAAGAACAAGGGCGGAGCUAAUGAUGACGCCACUGCUGCGGCCGUCCUCCGCUUCGUGACCGGCCGCACUGGAACCGGUCUCAUCGAUGCCAGUCAGCGUGAACUUUUCCUCACCGGCUACACUUCCAACCGUGCACGCCAAAACGUCGCAAGUUACCUUUCCAAGCACAUGGGCGUGGACUGGCGUAUCGGUGCCGAAUGGUACGAAUGCAACCUCAUCGACUACGACCUCUCCUCAAACUGGGGCAACUGGCAAUAUGUAGCUGGUGUAGGAAACGAUCCCCGCGGCGAAUCUCGCGUCUUCAACCCCAUCAAGCAGGCCUUGGAUUACGAUUCCCAAGGCGAGUACAUUCGCACUUGGGUAGAGGAGCUCAGGGAUGUGGACGUAAGCCAGGACUCAUCAAACUUGAUGGGUGUAUUCCAAGCGUGGAAGUUGCCCGAAGACGAGAAGAAGAAGUUGGGUAUUCAGUCUGUGGAGUGGGUGCAGAAACCUUUGGUCAAGAUUGAUUUUUCGCUCAACAGAAGAGGUGGUGGAAGCAAGCGUGGUCGUGGUAAUGGACGUGGUGGACGCGGCGGAGGUCGUGGAGGAAGAGGCGACAAGAGAAGCUCUUGAACACGAACAUUCCUAAUCAGCAGCUAAACAUUAACUGCAUGCUACAGCAUCAAAACAAGCCAAAAACAUCAAUCAAAUCUCAAAUUUCCUGAUCAGGU